AUGAACGAUCUAUCGGUUGCCACUUCGGCUUCUUCUUCUGAUCCGCCUAAUAACCAUGCCCCGCCCGUGAUGGAUCUUGACCACGAUCGAACUCGCCAGGCGAGUGUACUCUCGAUGGAUGACCUGGAGGCCGCUCAAGCGCUGGAAGGGCUGCGUGCAGAUUACGGUCAAUCCCCUCGACUGUCGCGAACCAACCCGCCUGUUUCCCCCGAUCCCCAACAGCCAGAGCCUUUACUUUCGCUUCUGACCUCCUCACACCCUUUCAUAUCCUCAGCCAUUAACGGCUCUGUCUCUGCGUAUACUACUUCCAAGUCCUACUCUGCCCGCUUCAAGUCCGGCGCUGAGUUCAUAGAGCGUAACAUUGGAUCACCUGUCGCAAAUACGGUCGGAAGCGUGGGCCGGAAGACCGGUGUUGAGAGCGGUUUGCGUUGGGCCCUGCAGCGACGAGACUCGAAUUCGCAGGAGGCAAACUCUGCCAACAAGCGCCGCAAAGUGGACCAGGCCGAACAACCGAUGACAGACCUCGAACAAGGGCCGGAGGAGCCCGUAUCUCACCCAAGGCCGCGAAGCUCCUCCGAUCUAUCAAUGGAGGAAACUUUGCCCCCGUACGAUGACUUGCGCUCACCGCGCUAUGAGGAGAAGCCCAGGCGACAAACCCCAGGAACAUGGCAGAGCCGGCUGGUUAUUUCGACCUCGGGUCUUGGAGUCGCAAUGAGUGAGGAAUCGCUCCGCAGUCUCCAGUACUGUCUGACCUGGCUACGCUGGGCAAACAGCCGACUCGGAAAGUCCAUUGUCGCACUCCAGCGCGCAAUGACAGAAUGGGAGAGCCAAAGGAAGAGCCAAGCCGAAGGCGGCGCGAGUACGUCGCUCUUGACACAGCGGAUUCAGGCAGUCCGAGAAGAUGUGCUGUCCACUCUGAAGCAAGUGGUCGAUGUCGUGUCUAAAUACGCCGGCGGCGCCCUCCCGGAGAACGCACGCCACCUUGUGCGGCGGCAUCUUACGUCGCUACCGCACCGAUUUCAGAUGGCCAGUACCUCCCAGCCGCCUCCCGAUUCUCCUUCUGCGUCCUCCGACGCCACACUUGGUGCGCACCGAAUCUUAGUGCUUGCCAAUGAAGGCUUGGAUAUUUUGGGCCAAGUCAGUGGUGUUGUGAAUGACACCCUUGUGAGCGCCGAACACUGGUGCGAGCGACUUGGGCGUAAGCGCCCAGAGAGUCAAUCCGCGCCGGAUGCGGAGAAGCAAGGCCCAGUCCAUCCCGCCUCGGACGCUCAGCCCUACGGUAUGGAUAUCAAGGAACCAAUUGCGACAGAGACUGCUGCCCAGGCGGAUGUGCAGAUGGCUGGAACUGAAAGGGUGUAG